AUGUCGGUCGACCUCACUAGUAGUAGUGGCCGAACCAUCCUUGCCUUCAAAGCUGGUCGUGCUUUUCGACGCGCUGGAACCAACUUCGUCGAUGCUUCCCCCACCAAAGGCGCGAUUGUCUUGACCAAUGAGGACGGCCUCAUACACUUCAUGUGGAAAGACCGAACGACAGGGGAAGUCGGCGAGGAUCUAAUCUUGUUUCCUGGUGAUGCAAGGUUGGAAAAGGUCCCACAAAGUAGCUGGGGCAGGACCUAUGUCCUCAAAUUCGAGAGCUCCGACCAAAAGCAUUUCUUCUGGCUGCAGGACUCGUCAACACGCCGCGAUGAGGAAUUCGUGACGAAUUUGAACAGGACCCUCGCCGAUCCUAACAUUAUUGCUAUCUGGGAUAUGCGCAACGUUUACCCAGCAUCGGACGCCUCUACAUCCGCUGCUGGUACAUCCACUUCUCAACCCUCGACAGUACAGCCAACCGUUCCAGCGACCAGUGAUUCCACACCAGCAAGUACCACCCCGGAACAACUCGCGCAACUUCGUGGGAUUGUUAGCUCGAUGACCGGCUUCGCGAGUGAAGAUGAACCUUGGUUGACAGACGUCCUGUCCUCUCAAAAUUUGCUUCAGCUUUUCCAAUCACACCCUGAACUCCUCCCGGCACUCUUCCCUCAUCUUCCACCUGAACUUAUCCCAUCGUCAGACGCUACACCGCAACAGGUGGUAGAGAUAUUGCAGCGUACGACUAAUUCUCCACCUUUCCGCUCGGCUGUGGCCCAGCUUGAUCGGGCACUUCGGACGGGCGCCCUUGGUGAAUUUGUGAGGAGCCUUGGUCUCCCUGAGAGUGCUGCGACGAGUGUUGGCGCGUUCUUAGCUGCCAUCGCUGAACAGGCAAGACAGGAAGGCAGUACUGAAGAACAGAUGGAAGAGGAUUAG